AUCACCAUGGCUGCAGUGGAUCGUUUCUACCUCUUGUACAGAGAGAUCAGUCGUUCCUGUAAUUUUUAUGUAGAGGCCCUGGCUAUAGUUGGAGCUUGGUACACAGUCAGAAAGUGUGUGUCUCUUGCGUUUGACACUUACAGCAUGCUUAGGUUGCAUUUAAUUCCAAAGCUGGGCGGCGAGAUUGAUCUUGUCAAGCAGUAUGGAAGAUGGGCGGUGGUCACUGGUAGUACGGAUGGUAUUGGGAAGGCAUAUGCCGAAGAACUGGCAAAGCGUGGUGUCAAUAUCAUCUUAAUCAGCCGAAGCAAAGAGAAGCUGGAGGCUGUAUCUAGGAGCAUAUCUGAAACCUAUAAAGUGGAAACAGAUUUCAUAGUAGCUGACUUCAGCAAGGGGCGUGAGCCUUACCCAGCCAUUAAGGAGGCUCUGAAAGACAGAGAAAUUGGGAUUUUGGUGAAUAAUGUAGGAAUGCUUUAUCCCUAUCCGGACUAUUUUACGACGUUGUCUGAGGAUAUGCUGUGGGACCUGAUCAAUGUAAAUAUUGCUUCUGCUAACAUGAUGGUGCAUAUUGUGCUGCCGGGCAUGGUAGAGAAAAAGAAAGGGGCAAUUGUGAAUGUUUCUUCUGCAUCCUGUUGUCAUCCAACACCAAUGUUCACAACCUAUGGAGCCUCUAAAACCUACUUGGACUAUUUCAGUAGAGCACUACAUUAUGAGUAUGCCUCCAAAGGAAUUUUUGUUCAGAGUUUAACCCCAUUCGUAAUUGCUACAAAAAUGGCACCUUGCAGCAGCACUGCAUCGAAGAGAUCUUUCUUUAUUCCUUCUGCUGAAGAAUAUGCAAGUCAUGCUAUUACUACUCUUGGGUUAUCCACAAGGACUACUGGUUACUGGAAGCAUGCACUAAAGUUCACGUUGGGUGAGCGCCUACCUGAAUGGAUCUGGGCAUGGUUUACAAUGUAUUUUUGCAGAACUGUACACAAGGAAGCUUUAACAUGCAAAGUGGAAUAGGAGUAUCUAGAUGUCCUGCGUAACGAGUACUAUAUUCUGACCAGAGUGCUGCAAAAAUGUUUAGUGAA